AUGGCUACAGCACCCAAACCCGCUACCACUACAUGCUUCACAGCAGAAGUGCUCUCCGCACAAAUCGCUGAGCAGACGCAAAAGAUCCAGGCGUUGCACAUUGGACACGCAUCUGAAGACGACUUAAAGGUGGAGAUUGAUCACUUGGUUACCUUGACAGAGAGUUUGACUCAGCAACAAUCAGAGAAGCCAAAGCAGAAGUCUAAGGGAGAUGGCGGAAAGAAAAUGCCAAAGGUGCCGAAGGGAACUAGAGAUCAG